UGGUGAUAAUGACAUUAGAGAAGCACUAAUAAUAAAUAUUAUCCUUUCUGUUCUUAUGGCAACAGAUGGAAAAAACCAACUGGACCAGUGUAUCCCAUUUUGUUCUCUUGGGCAUUUCUACCUUCCCAGAAGAGCAGACCCCACUCUUCCUUCUUUUUCUACUCAUGUAUGCAAUCAAUAUUUCUGGCAACUCUGCAAUUAUCACACUGAUUAUCUCUGUUCCGCACCUCCACACUCCCAUGUACCUCUUCCUCAGUAACUUGGCAUUGGCAGAUAUCUGUUUCACCUCCACCACAGUCCCCAAGAUGCUGCAAAACAUUUUCUCUGCUACAAAGGCCAUUUCCUACAUGGGCUGCCUAGCCCAGACUUAUUUCUUCAUUUGCUUUGCAGCAAUGGAAAAUUUCCUCCUGGCUGUGAUGGCUUAUGACAGGUACAUUGCCAUCUGCCACCCUUUCCACUACCCUCUGAUCUUGACCAGAAUGCUGUGUGCACAAAUGGUGGCUGUGUGCCAUGUCCUUUCCCACCUUCAUGCCUUGCUGCAUACCCUACUUAUGGGCCAACUGAUCUUCUGUGAAGAUAACAGGAUCCCACACUUCUUCUGUGACCUCUACCCUCUGAUGAAGAUUUCUUGUUCCAGUACCCACCUCAACACCCUGAUGAUUCACACAGAGGGUGUUAUUGUAAUCAAUGGAGCUUUGGCCUUCAUCAUUGUUUCCUAUGCCUGCAUCAUCUCAGCAGUCCUCCGGAUCCCCUCUGCCAAUGGCAAGUGGAAAGCCUUUUCUACCUGUGGCUCCCACCUCACUGUGGUGGCCAUAUUCUAUGGCACUCUCACAUGGGUCUACUUCCGACCUCUUUCCAGCUACUCAGUGGCCAAAGUUCGCAUUGUGACAGUCAUGUACACAGUGGUGACACCCAUGUUGAACCCUUUCAUCUAUAGCCUGAGGAAUGGGGAUGUCAAGGAAGCCUUCAAGAAAUGCGUGAGCAGAAUAUGGAAUAAACCCCAAAAAGCAGUUAUAAGCUUUCCCUAGGACCUUGGGAAAACAUUUUUGCCCCUCACAGAUCACUUUCUUCUGGAAU